AUGGAUCCAGACAUUAGACUUGUGCUAUCAAAAUUCCUUCAAAAAGAUGCAGCUAAACCUUUGCUGGAAUCAAAAAGACAUAACAUUUUACGUGAUAAUGACAAAUACGUACAGUCGACGGCAAGGACGUUCAUCGAAUCCACAUUAAACUCAAAAAUGGAUGCAGAAGCCUUGAAUUUACUUUCAGAUUGCUUCAAGGUUAUUUAUAGACUUAAUGAAUAUAACUACGAUAGUGUUGAAGACAUUAAGAGGCAUCAAGUCUUCAUAAUAAAGUUGCUUGAAAUUAAGAAGCCAAAGAAAGCCUUAGAACAAUUGUCUUGUCUACACUAUUUUAUAGCAAAAACUGUUAAUUGUGAAGGAUCUUUACAGUUAAACCUCACAUCAAUAGAGAUUCUAGUACUUGGAAUCCCGUUCAAUGAAGACAUAAGUCAUGAUUUACCCCUACCACUAAUAGGCUCGGUAAUUGCGCACCACUUUUUAGUCUUACAGUGCUUGCUUCAAGUCAUAACACUGGAUAUAAAGUCAUUCGUUAGCUCACCAAACACACUUAUUAAAAUUUCGUCAUUGAAGUUGGUAUCUGACUUGUUGCUAUCAGAGAGCAGCUUCAUGCGAUGGUUAAAUUGCAAUCAAGAUGCGACUACAAAGGAAAAGUAUCAAAACAACAUAAUCAAGUUAGUAAAGGGAUAUAUGAAAGUUGUCACAAUUUUAAGAAAAAGAAUUGAUUCGAAUCAUUUGCAGGAGUUUGAGACUUGUUUGCUGAUAAAAUUAGCUCAGUUUUCAAAUGAACAGUCCCUAUUAAGUGACACCCAUCCAACAAAGGCGCACUUGCCAUAUAUUGAAGAUAUAAAGCAUUUAAAUUUUACUAAUUUAGAUGUAUUGUUUUUGAAAAUUAACUCCAAUAAGAUUCUGGAUUCCAUUGCGAGCUUAUUGAACUUGGUAGAAAACCCAUCUCCUGAAGCAAUAUUUGAUCUUAAGCUAAAUUUAGGUAGCUCACAAAAAGAAAUGCUAAUAAAUCAAGAGUUCUUGAAAUUAAUCAGAUCAUUUCCACUAACUAAAAACGAUAUCUCUCAAUCAUUUGUUGACACAAUUUUGUCAUAUCUUGCAUCAAAGGUUUCUUUGCUUAAACAGCUAACAAGCUCCCAUUUACUAAUCUUGGAUGCAUUCACAGUUUACAUCAAAGAUUUAAUAAAUUUGGAUUGUCCCACGGAUUUUUCUUCAAAAAUAUUGGCCCAAUUGUUUUCAAUUUAUGGUCAUUUCCAUCAAUUCAAACGCAUUAGAAAUAUUUCUAACUUAUUUUACAACUUAGGAGUCAAAACGAAAAAUAUUAAUUUCUUAAAUUUAUGCAUCAAAUAUGAGACAUUUAUAAAAGAAAACGACAAGAAUGAAGCAUUUGAUAAUUUACAACAAAAAGUCCAUAAAGUGGCUUUUUUUUUACAUGAACAAAAGCUUUUCAACAAAUCUCUCCAGGUUCUAUGUGGCUAUCUUAAAGUUUUUGAUUUAGGAGGAAGUUCUCUUGCUAGCUUCUAUGACAACCAUUAUCAAACAAAGGACACCACAUCAAUACAAUUACUAGUAAAGAAUUUUAUUUCAAACAAUAGUUUUUCAAUUAACAUAUUCCGAGAGUGUUGGAUAUCUGACUCAUUUCAGGUCCACAUUAUAAUUGAUGUUUUAAAAUUAUUGGACAAAAUGGGCGAUACGAAAGAGAAGACAAUCUUAGCCAAUGAUAUUGUCAAAAGUUUAUCCUACUCUGAUAACAACUUAAAUCUAUUAGUAUACUAUCACUACUAUAAUUUAAGUGGAAUUGUCUUAAUGUUGCAGCUAAAUGUUGAAAAUUUUCCUUCCGAUAAUUUAAUAUUGUCUGGUGUGUACCUUCAACGAUCUAUUUGCUUAAUGGAUGAGAGCGACUUCUUGCUGUGUAUUAAUUACUUUGAAUCGUAUUUGAAGGGAUCAUUCAAUGAGAGAAAUAUGCCUUAUGAGAAAGAAAUAUUUCGUGCAUUAAUUUUAUUCCUUAAAUUAAACGCGUUAAAUGGCUAUAUUAUACAUUUCAUCGAGCAAUACAAAAAUCGAAAGAGGAAAAUUGAUGAUGAGAUGCAAAUAUUUUGUCAACUCGAAUUAUGUACUGCUUAUUUGAAACUAAGCGCCUCAAAGGAAGCUUCUGAUAACUUAACUAUGUUAGGACCUAUGUUAAAAGAAAUGAAAGAACAUUCUCUACGCGAUGUUCUCAGGUUUAACUUACUUCAGUUAGAGUUUUGCUUAGUGAUGAAGAACACAACAAUGGCAAAAGAAAAGUUUAACAGAGUAUUGAAGUUCCUUCGCUCUAAAGAGGAAUUCAGCAUAAGUUCGAGUAGUCACAAUUUUAUUGAGAAGUUAAAAAACUUAAUUUUGAUUGCAAAAUUUCAAUUGCUCACAUCAACUUUGAAUUUUCUUCUAGGACACAGCUUUGCUUCAUUUAUCAAUUUAAAGAUUGCUAUAAAGUUGUUGUAUUCUAUCACGAGAAAGUUAUCAUUAAAUAUACCUAAAGCGACAUUGAAUGAAAUAAGAUGGGAAACUACUGGUUUGCUUUUUGAAGCUUUUGACGGCAUAGUAAUAAUAUUAAUGCACCUUGGAGUGUCAAGAGAUUUAUUAUACUUUUAUGAUGAGUUCAUUAAACUUGAUAAAUCGGUCUUUGCUCCUGUUACUAACUGUUUCAAUAAUAUGAAGUUUGCUACUUAUAAUUACCUACUUCAACACGAUAAUGAAAUUCGAUCAUGCUGUCUUAAGAUUCGAGAUUAUCAACGCUUUAGCUUGGUGUCUUCCAACGUGUCUAUCAGACAUUGUUUCACUUUACUCAUGAAAUAUUUCAAUGCUCAGCCAGACAACUCGAUAAUACUAGAAUUUAUAGAUCAGGGGAAUCAUAUAGAGUCAGCGUUAAAAUUAAAGUCAUAUAAUUAUGACAAGCUUGAGUUUGACUUCCUAUAUUUAUCGUCUUUGUCUGCACGUCAGCCCCUUAUAUCACCAACAGUUGAUCUAGCUCAAGAUUCGCAUAGAAGGAUACUACAGAAUGUAAUUGAAUCAAAGCGAGGCCUAUUUGAAUCAAUUAGUAAUUUGGCAAAAUUCCCAAGUACUCGAAACUUGUUGCUGUCGAAUUUUGCUUUGCCAUGCGUCAUAUCCGAAGGAGUCCUCAAUGAUAACUUAGUUCCUGUUGAGUCUCUCAAUCUUUUGAUAAAAUCUAAACAGCUUUUGUUAGAUCGUUUUAAAGCAUAUGACUAUCAUGAAUUGUCUGUUCAUGAACUAAAUGACCUUUAUAAGGUUCUGAAUUAUUGUUUAUCAAUAAUUUCUUCCAUGUCUAUUUUCAGAGCCAGCACUAGUUUACUAGUAGAUUUGUUUUAUUUGCUGGAUAUAUCGCGUUUUCUACCAUUUAAGAAUGAUAAGUUUUUGAACCAUAGUUCAAUCACUGAAGUUUUACCUAAUGAUAUCGAAAGUGGAAGAAAGCUUGUUGCAUUUGAUUGUUUAUCAAGAGAAUUUCAUCAUGAAUUGAAUUGUGUUCUUCCUCAAUCAUGGACAGCUAUAACAAUCGAUGUCUGUUCAUAUUCAGGUGACUUAAUCAUAUCGAAGGUAAGAAGAGGUUCUGAUCCUUUCUUUGUAAGAUUGUCGCUAGAUAGAUUUCACAAGAGAGACUCUAAUAUCCCUGAUGUUUCAUUUAACGAUGCUUUAAGUGAGUUCAAAGAUAUUAUUAGGCAAAGUGACUUAUCUACAAAAUCUUCUACAACUUCGAGAAUUAACAGUAAGGAAGAUCGCAAAGCUUGGUGGAAGUUGCGCUUCGGAUUGGAUUCAAAGCUCAAAGACUUAAUCGAUCAUGUAGAAUCUUUUUGGUUGGGGGGGUUUCGAAGCAUAUUUGCAACUAACGACGAUAGCGAAGAAUUCAAAAAGUUUAAAAUUGAAUUCUUGGAAAUACUACGCCAGCUGCUUCCAUCAAGGUCAGUGCCAAGUAGAUUUAUGGAAUUUGAAGAUAACUUGAUAUUGGCCUUUUACAAUCUUCGUGAAUGUGAAUCAAUGGAAAUUGACGACUUAUUUUAUUUUCUAAUUGAUUCUUUGAAUACUCAUGGGGAAAAAAAUAAGUAUGGCAAUGUUAACUUUGAAAAGGUGCGCCAGUUUGUGAAGCGGCUGCUGGAAAAAUACCGUAAGUCACAAAGCUCAUCUACUGAAGAACAUAUCGUUCUUGUGGUAAGCUCUUAUUGUACAUUUUUCCCGUGGGAGUCGAUGAGGUGCCUAAGACAAAAAUCUGUUUCUAGAAUACCGUCACUUCAUCUCAUGCUCAACAUGCUUAAAAAUAGAAAUUCUGAUUUAACUAUUCGUGACAAAUCAAAUGUUUAUUACGUACUCAAUCCUGGUGGUGAUUUGAGAAGAACGGAAGAGAAUUUCAAGCCUUUAUUCUCAGAAAUGAAGAACUGGGAGGGUAUAUCGGGCUCAGGUCCUGAUGAAAUGGAGCUUAUGAAUAAAUUGAUGAAUAAGGAUUUAUUUAUUUAUCUUGGACAUGGUGGCUGUGAGCAUUAUUUAAGGGUUUCUACCUUAUAUAAAGCUUGUCUACCUGAGCGAAGAAGGUUGCCUCCAAGUUUGUUGAUUGGCUGCUCAUCUGGUACAGUUAAAUCGAAUGGCUACUUGGAAUCUACGGGUAAUAUAUAUAACUGGUUGACAUGUGGAACUCCCAUGAUGCUAGUAAACUUAUGGGACGUUACGGACAAAGAUAUUGAUAUGUUCACUCUAUCUGUUUUUGCAAAAUGGGGACUUUUGGCACCUCUUGAUGGGCCAAAGAACAUUUGCGAGGCAGUAAGCGAGAGUCGUGACCGUUGCAAUCUAACAUAUUUGAACGGGGCUGCUCCUGUAGUUUACGGUCUUCCUUUGCGCUUGCAGUAG